CAACAAGCCACCAACGCAUUCAAGCUUUGCAGAGUACUGUAAUCAUGGACUUCCUCAAGUCAGCAGUGGCUUCAGCGAUAUCGAAAGGGUACCCAACAUGGGGCUAUUCGUUCGGCGAUCGUGUAGACAUUGACGACUCUAUCUGGACACUGCACAAUGGCACAAAGCGAGAAGACGGCUCUAAAUGCAGUAUCUUCUCCUUCGACAUAACCGCGAAUAAGUCACGAUUACCUCUUGCCCGCAAUUCGCUCCGGAAACUACGAACCCUGCGACACCCUGGUGUGGUGAAGGUCCUCGAUACACAAGAAAGUGAAACCCAUAUCUACAUCGCGACCGAGAGACUGACGCCAUUGAGCUGGCACGUCAAACGGAAGAGCCUCACAGAGGAGACCACGAAAUGGGGACUUCACAAUAUUGCAAAGACGCUGAAAUUCAUAAACGCCGACGCUGCCUCGAUACAUGGCUGUAUACGCCCAGCUUCGAUAUUCUUCGGCGAAAGUGGAGAGUGGAAACUCGGUGGUUUCGAUGCGCUGAGCUCUGUGAAAGAGGACGACUCCAUUCUGCCGACCUACGGUGGCUUGAUACCGGACGCUGGACGAUACAUGGCACCAGAGAUAUCGAAAGCAGGAUGGGAGGUCAUUAAACAGAACCCGACACACGCGGUUGAUGCAUACAACUUUGGCGUUCUGAUCUUCGAGUGCUUCAAUGGCAGCUACAACAGCAGCGACCAGUUGGCGCAAAUGAAGAGCAUUCCGCCGAGCAUGCACCAGUCAUACAAGCGUCUGUUGAACCCGAAUCCGAAGUCACGGAUGAGUGUCGGCCAGUUCUUGGAUCAGGGCAAGCGGAUAGGAGGUUUCUUCCAGACACCUUUGAUCCAAGUCACUGAGGAUAUCGACAAUCUGGGGCUGAAGGCAGAAGACGAGCGGAACGAGUUGCUCGGGAAACUCGACAAGGUCGCGGAUGACUUCCCUGCUGACUUCUUCAAGAUGAAGGUGCUGCCAGAGCUACUCAAGUCGGUGGAGUUUGGCGGUGGCGGUGCGAAGGUCUUCGGUACCGUUAUGCAAAUCGGACAGAAGCUGUCCGACGAAGAGUACGAGACGCAAAUCACACCAGUAGUCGUCCGGCUGUUCGCAAAUCCUGACCGAGCUAUUCGUGUCUGUUUGCUGGAUAAUCUGCCGCUGAUGAUCGACCAUCUACCACAGAAACUUGUCAAUGAUAAGAUCUUCCCACAGAUGGUUACUGGCUUUACUGAUGUAGCGCCCGUUGUUCGUGAGCAGACAGUAAGGGCUGUUCUUACAGUGGUCACAAAGCUUUCAGAUCGAAUAAUCAAUGGCGAACUCCUAAGACAUCUGGCAAAGACAGCGAACGACGAGCAACCUGGAAUCCGCACAAACACCACUAUCUGUUUAGGCAAGAUCGCGCGUAAUCUAGGCGUCAACAGCCGAGCAAAGGUACUCGCGGCAGCUUUUGCACGCUCGCUACGUGAUCCAUUUGUACACGCCCGAAAUGCUGCACUCCUAGCACUGGCCGCAACAGCAGAUCUCUUCAGCGAAGAGGACUGUGCUACUAAGCUUCUCCCAAUCAUGUGUCCAUCCUUGGUCGACAAGGAGAAGCUCAUCCGCGAUCAAGCGCAGAAAAGCGUAGACAUAUACAUCGCCCGGAUACGAAAACAUGCCGCAACCAUGCCCGACACCGUGCUGCCGUCACCCGGUCUCACUGCUGGUGGCGUUGCCGCUCCACGCAUAGGCACCCCAGCGAACGAAAGUGGUUGGGCUGGCUGGGCUAUUUCCAGUUUCACCAACAAGCUCGCAUCAACAAGCGGGACGAUCGAGCCUGGCUCAACUACGAAUGGUGCUGCAGACCAGCGAUCAUCCUCUAUGCCGCCUGCAGUAUCCAGCAAGCCUCCGGUACCAUUGGCCUCCAAGCCGGGCAUGCCACUGCACUCCGCAAAGAGCUCCGCAAAUAUACCAACUGUCAAAUCCCCUGAUCCAGCAGCAGCAUUCGCCGACGAAGCAGAGGACUUCGAUGGCGACUGGGGCGGCUUCGCAGACCACGACGGCUUUGGCAACCACACAUCCACCAAAGAGGGAGAGGAAGAUCCUUGGGGCACACCAGCAGUCUCCAAGCCUACGGGCACAACAUCGUUCGACGACAAGGGCGAGCCUGACUUUGCCGGGUGGCUAGCAGCGCAGAAUCAGACCAAGAAAGCAGCGACGAAGCCGUUGCCGAGGGGCUUGACUAAGUCCUCGACAGCACCGGCGGCGAAGAGACCGAUCGCUGGGGGGAGAUCGAGUACAGCGGGAUCGACAGCACGGAAGGUCGUCGUGGCGCCGAAGAAGGACGUCAAGAAGGAAGAAUCAAAGGCCAAGGAAGACGAAGUCGAGGGCUGGGGUGAUGACUGGUAG